AUGGAUAUAAAGCCAGAAGGGGACAGUCAUCAACGAAAAGUCAGAUUUAGGAUAGCGUCAUCUUAUAGUGGGAGAGUGCUGAAAGAAGUGUAUACAGAUGGUGAUUCCUUGGAUUCUGAAUGUGCCAGCAGCUCUGAGACUGAUCAAAACAGUACUCCAAGUGAACCGGAUGGGCAUCAUAAUGGCUAUUUAGGCUCGGAAUACGAUGAAAGUGAAAAUGAACCAGAUGACCUGCUUGUCUUAGCCAGAGCGACCAAAGACCGGGGAUUUGGAACCAAAAGAGUGAACAUUCUCAGUAAAAACGGUACAGUUCGUGGAGUUAAACAUAAAGUCAGUGCUGGCCAAGCCUUGUUUGACAAUUUGGCAAAGGUUUUUCAGUCAUCUACAACUCUUGAAUACGGGAGAAUAGUUAUCUACACCACAAGCCUGCGAGUGGUAAGAAAUACUUUUGAAAGGUGCGAGAUGGUGAGAAAGAUCUUUCAAAAUCACAGAGUAAAAUUUGAAGAAAAAAAUAUUGCCUUGAACAGUGAUUACGGGAAAGAGCUUGAUGAGAGGUGCCGUAGGGUCUUGGAAACUCCAUCUUUACCAGUUGUAUUCGUUGAUGGCCAUUACCUUGGGGGUGCUGAAAAAAUAUUGUCUAUGAAUGAAUCAGGAGAAUUACAGGACCUGUUAUUGAAAAUUGAGAGAGUUCAGCACCCUCACGCUUGUGCCUCCUGUGGGGGGUUUGGCUUCCUUCCUUGUCUUGUGUGCCAUGGAAGCAAGAUGUCAGUGUUCCGGAACUGCUUCACAGACUCUUUCAAAGCCUUGAAGUGUACCGCCUGCAACGAGAAUGGGCUACAGCGCUGUAAGAGCUGCACUGGAUGAGUUCAAUCAAAUAUUUGCUAAAACUCAUUUUGGAAUUAUGCAUUUCUUAUACACUUUUUUUA